AUGUUUGAUCAUUACAAACGACAAUGGACUGAUCAUUACAAACGCGAGGUUCCCACGCCCUCACCCGAACUUGUUCAGCGCCAGGAGUCUUUCGCAGUACCCGAAUGGGACAAACGCCAAUGGACUGACCACUACAAACGCGAAGUUCCCACACCCUCACCCGAACUGGUUCAGCGCCAGGAGUCUUUCGUACCACCACCACCAUUCGCAGCUAUCCGAAGACAGGACAGUGCUGUAUGGUACGCUCCUGGAGGCAAACGCGAGGCUCCCACACCCGCGCCCGAACUGGUUCAGCGCCAGGAAUCUUUCGUACCACCCCGAGUCGCACGUGCAACUCCAGUCGCGGAAGCAGCUGUCCGAAGACAAGACUCAAUCCUCAGACCACCUAAACGCGAGGUCCCCCCUACACCCGCGCCUCAAGCUCCAGGAAAGAGAAAGAAUGCCCCACGCCAGCACACUGACCCGCCGGAGACUCUGCAGCUCCGCGGUAUGCCUCGUCGAGACGACGCCGAGGCUCCUGAACCAACUGAACCUCCUAGUCCUCGUGACCUACCCGUAGGAGACGAAAUUCUACCUCGAAGUGAUGGAGAAGAGGAACCCAUCACCAACGCCCGCAGAGCAGCGGACCCUGAGCCCACUGGUCCUAGUGACCAACCCCAAGUCAUAGUCCCACGCCAAAAGACUGAAGACGGACAACGCAAGAGAAACGAAAAGGAGCCAAUAACCGAGUUGCGCAGAGAUGCCUACGCCAACCCUGAGCCCACAGACCCUCCCAGCCCCUGCGACCAAGCAGCACCAGCCAAAGUAAAGCCCCGAACCGAAGAGGAAGAGCCCACCGACCCUCCCAAAGCCAGAGCGGACACAGACACCAACCCCAUCCUCAAAGCCCUAUCAGGGACAUACUCCCUAGUAAACACAUCCAGCUCCCGCAACGGCGAACCCAUCCCCGACCUGCCCUACGGCAAAGCCCCCGUCGGCCUGCUCAUCUACACAGAAUCCGGCUUCAUGUCCGCCACCAUCACAGCCACUGAACCUGAAUUCCGACCUAACCUCACUUUCCCGUACCAGCCCAACGACUCAGACGCUGAUUGGGCGCUCGUCGGCAAGCACAGUAUCGGGUACGCGGGACCGUACAGCGUUAACGAGGAGAUACCUGCGACGGAGACGGAGGGCCAGAUUUUCCAUGGCCCGCUUACGGUGGCGAAUGUGCCGACUUGGGAGGGGCAGAAGGGAAAGAGGAAUUAUACGAUUGUUGAGGUGGAGGAGAAUGGAGAGGAGGUUACGUAUUUGAAGAUUGGAAGUGAGCGAGGUAAUGGGUAUAGGGGUAUUCUUUGGUGGAAGAAGGUUGAUUAG